UGUGCAGAUGCCAUUGGCCACGGAAGCACGGAAACCAGCAUUUGUGGGAUUCAUAUGCCACGGAGAAAGAUCUGUUGCUUGCUUCAUGCAAAUUAUUCUUCUUCACUCCAUCCAUUCGUGGCCCCCUCCUCUUGAAAAGAGAGAAAAAAGCUUCCUUAGGUUGGAGCUCGGUAGAAGAACCAUCUCUCUCUCUCUCUCUCUCUCUCUCUCUCCCUCUUUGUAUUUCUUCUCUAUCUCUUCCAGGGAGAAGAUCGAGCGCGGAGCUAUGGAAGAAGAGGAUAGCAGCCACUCUUCCACCAUCGAGGAGGAGCUCCACGACUCGGAGCCUCUGGCGGCGACUUCACGCAUUCGCGACCAAAACACGGGAGACGUCGUGGACGCUGCCGAAGAUGAUGACGAAAGGAAUGGCGAUCGAGCCGAGCUGCCAGAUGACAGUGAGAGCGACUGGACGGACGAGAAGCACAGCAUGUAUCUCCAGUCCAUGGAGGACGAGUUUGUGCGAAGCUUGUACGCGAUGAAACGGCCCCAGCAAGCCGAGGCCCAGGUUUGGAUCCCAAAAAAAUUCCCUUCUCGCAUUUGCCGCAAAGUUCUAAGCCAGGUCGUCGCUGAAGAAUCUGGCAAUGCGUCUGGUGACAAAGCUGCCGUGGAGCCGAUGGACACGGGAGGAGACGAAGUCGUCGACCAGGUGAUGUGAGAUCUCUCGUCUUGUGUCUUUGCCGAGUGAGAGAUGUAGAACCGGAGAAAAAAAAGGACUUUUUUUGCUUUC